AGGAUUUAUUAUUUUAAAUUAUCAUGGAUACUUACAUUAAUUUAAUAAUGGACAAGCUUCCACCAUAUAUUCGCGAUGAUAGAUCAACAUUAGUUGCUCUUGGAAUCACUGUUUUCAUCGCAUUUCUCACACUAGUUUUGCUAGGAUUCCUUUCUAAAUCUAGAAAAGGAUCUCGAGUGCUUCUAAUGGGUCUUUCAGACUCGGGAAAGACCGUGCUUUUUUCACAAUUGGUGAGUGGCAAAGCAGUUUCAACAUUUACAUCAAUGAAACAAAAUGAGUGCCAUCUCAACUUGGAGAGAAGAUCUGUUGUUAUGAUAGAUAUUCCAGGUUUUGAUAGACUUCGGGACAAAUAUUGGAAUGAUCUGAAGAAAGGUGUUCGUGCCAUUGUUUUUGUCGUGGACUCUUAUCAAAUAACUUCUAACAUCAAAGAUGUAGCAGAUUACUUUUACACUAUUUUAGCUGAUAAUCUGGUUAGCUCUCAGAAGAUUCCUAUUUUGGUAGCUUGUAAUAAACAAGACAAACCAAAAUCCAAAUCAAGUAAAGUUAUCCGUACUCUCAUCGAAAAAGAGAUCAACACUAUCCGAGAAACUCGACUAGCUGCUCUUGAAUCUACAGAUGGGGACAGCGAAAAUACCCGAAUCGUUGGUUCACUAGAUAAAGAGUUCGCUUUCAAUGAUCUUAGAAAUGCUAUCGAUUUUGUCGAUUGUGUUGCACUAGCCAAAGAAGAGUCACCAUGUGAAAUAGAAGAAAUUGUUAAUUGGUUGAAUAAACUUUGAUAUGUUUUGAUGUAAUUUGAUGUGUUUAUUGUGCAUGAGCUUUUCAAUGAUUAUGAUUACACAAAAUUUUGAAUGAAGAUGUUCGAAUUCAUAAAACCAAGCUAUUAAAACUUGUUUUGUACAUAA